CAUUGAAGACAAAACAGCAAAUCCGUAGACUGCGUAGACUAAUAAAUUAUUAUUUAUUUUCUUAGUGUACAUUGAAGUUUAAUAUUUUCUAUUAAAACAUUCCAUUAACUUCCUGUUUAUUAUGGUUGAGGAUAAAAUCAGAUCUAAUAACAAAAGCAACAUGAAUAACGCAAAUGAAAAUAAUCCCGAAGCUGAAGAUAAUGAGGAGAUAUCUGAAGAACUUGAUGCCUUGAACAACCAGUUGGAUCAACUCCAUUCUGCUCUUGAUAUGAUGGAACAGAAGAAUACUGAUAUUCAAACCCAACUUCUAACCCUUCUUCAGUCAAGCAAGGAGAUUCGACAACAGAUAAACGCAAUGCAGCAAAGCGAAUCACCAAUGGAACAAAAUUAGAUCCAAGUAUUGAUUUAAAGUAUACCUAUUCAUAUUUGUUUUUCAAAAACAUAUAAUAAUGUUUGUGAUAAUUGAUAUCUGUAUGUUACCAUUGCACAUGAGUUAGAUCUUUAUUAUAGAUUUUACUGUUAAGUAAGCAGAAUAAUACAGUUAUCAGUUAUGGUAAUCGGUUAUUUCUUUAGACUUGAACUUUUCAUGCAAUAUUCACUACUGAUGAGAAUCAUAGAGUAUGACUGAUAUUACAAUAUUUUAGCAUUCAGUUAUUAUCGAUUAUUAUUAACAUAAUAAAUCAUGCUUCCAUCCCACUUUCAAUCAGUAUUAUUCAAUUUUAAGAUAAAUAUAGGCUAUAUCUCAAAAAUUAUAAGUUCACUUUUUUAAUUCAGUAGUGUUGCAUUACCUACUUUUAAAUCUUGGAAUUCAAUUUUUCGCUGGCUAAUUUACCAAUAAUCCAUUUGUUGACAUUUGGGAGGGUUGGAAUAUUUUUGCAGCAAAUCCAAAUUUGUCAUUGAGAAUAAUCAUGACACAUGAAUUCAAAACUGCCAGUGCCAUAUCAGCAUUCUCCUUCAGAUGUUUAGUCCACGAAAGUCUUGGAGUGAAUACCAUUCCCAAGUACUUGUAGUGACCGAGUACCUCAAUCUCUUCGCCAUUGAAAUUCCAAUUUUCAGACUGUCUUAUUUUUUCACCAUUCCUAAUAAUCAUUAUCUUUGACUUUUUAAGUUCACCUGUAGACCCCACAGUUCGCAAUACCUCUUUAAGCCUUCUAUCAUUUUUUCAGAGUCCAUUCAUGAGAUGCUACCAGCACAAUAUCGUCUGCAAUGCUAUAUCGCAUACGCAUAUAAUAUUGUAAAUAUAACUUAUCGACAUAUUUUGUUGAGAUAACGUUUAGGUAACAAGUCAUGUUGUUUUAUGAGGGCAAUGGUGAUGGAUACCCACAAGAGAUCAAAAAUUUUUGUCGAUGAGUGGGAUGAUGAUGAAUCCCACAAAAUAUGGUUAAAUAGUUAUAUUAGGUUUUAAAAAACAACGUACAAAUAAUUGGAGAUUCAGUAAUUGCCGAUUGUGCUAAUUAUUUUCACAGUUUAAUCUUUCAACAUUAUCAUCGAUUCAAUUUUUCAAAUAGAUCCUCUUUCUAUGGUAUCUUGCAUGUGGGUUUUUUAUCGGGUGUACUUCUAUGCAAAUCAUAAUAAAUUAUAAUUUUUCGCCAAAAUAUUAUCUAUCAACAUCACAAAUUAGUGCAUUCAAUAAUUGUUUUGUUUAGGAUGUAUAGUUCAUUCUUUGAUCGGGAUAUUUUACAUUUUUGCUUACCGUACUGAUGUCAAACCUAAACUGGUGAUGUUCACAUAACUUACAUUUUAAAUUUAAUGUUGGUACAGUAUAUAAUGAUAUAAAAUAAAUAAUUAUGAUGCAAUUUUGCAUAUUAUAUAAAUUAUGAAAGGCGAAAUUCAAAUUAUCAUCAUUUAUUUUCAAUGUUAUUCAGGAGAUUGACUUUUUAUAAUAUGACUUUUAAUUUGUAACGAUAAAUCUGUAGAAUUUUACUUGUCAAACUUUACUCUUCAAUCUUAGUAAACAAGUUUCAAAUAUUCAAAUUAUAAUACUUUUUAAGGAUUCACCAAUGUGGAUUCUGGAUUUUAUUCAUUUGUUCUCCAUUAAUCAUUUUAUUUCAAUUAUAAUUUAUCAAUCCACCUUUGUAUGUAUAUAAAUAUAGCAAUGUGGAAUAUAAUCUA